CACACACCGGCAGAGACGCUCCGACACCUCAAGGAGAAGCCAUGAGGAACACACUGCUGAGGAUGCUGGCCACUCUGCUGUGCGCACUGGCCGCUUGUGCUGACAUCAUGCCCGUCAAAGACUUCAACCUGGAGCAGAUGGUUGGCAAGUGGUACAUGGUUGGCUUUGCCACCAACGCUCAGUGGUUUGUGAACCAUAAGGCAGGGAUGAAGAUGGGCACUGCCGUGCUGGUGCCAACCCCUGGAGGAGACCUCGACCUGUCUUACGCCAACCUGAAUGCUGAUGGUAGCUGCUGGAGAAUGACUCACCUGGCUAAGAAGACCGAGACUCCUGGACGCUUCACCUUCCGCAGCCAAGCUUGGAACAAUGACAACGACAUGCGCAUUGUGGAGGUGGUGUAUGACAGCUACGCCCUUGUCCACACGAUCAAGACCAAGGAUGGCGUGUCUGAGGUGCUCAACAAGCUUUACACUCGCAGCCCUGAGGUGAGUCCUGACCUGCAGCAGAUGUUCACAAAGUUCUCCCUUGAAACUGGCAUCAACUCCGACAACAUCGUCAUCCUGCCUAAGAACGCUGAGUGUCCCGAAGCCUGAGGUCCUCCUCCUGAGCUCCUCUGUCCUCCAGCUGUCCCUCUGAGGUCUCAGCCUGUCAUCUCCCAACGGGUGUUUUUCCCCCUCGCUGGGUCUCCUCUGCAGCAUCUCAAAGCUACACCUGAGAAAACGAAGCUUAACUCAACUAUUUCUCUCAAAUUCUUGCUGCCUACUGCACCAAAGACCAAUCCUAAUCUUAAUUUAACCCUGUGUCUCUCCAGCUCUGGCUUUAACUGAGGCAUUAGAAUGACAGAAUAUAGGGUUGAUAGUGGGACAAAGAGAAAGACAAGGAAUAGAUGAGACUGUGACUAUUCCUCACACUCCGCCAAACGCAGCAAUGGAUGGACUAAAUUGCCAUACUGGACGUGCAUACCCUGCCCUACCCACCUCUGAUUGGUUAGUAAUCAUUGCCUUCGGUUGAGGUUAGGGUUCACGUUGGGUUGUGGUUAGGGUUAGUCAAUCAGAAGCAGAAUAAGGGCAAGUCUUCUUGUGACAGGCAUGUCCAGUAUGUCCAUUUAGUCUCUCCCAGUGCAGCUUCCAUACCAGCCUUCACAUUUUGUACAUGAAUGUCUGUUUUUUAACUGCUGUUUUCUUUUGUUAUGAUAUUUUUUUUUUUGCUGAAAUAAACCUUCAAAUACUUUUGA